AGAAUGUCCUUUGGACAAGGAAUUGGAGAGAGCUUGAAUGGAAUUUCGAUUAGACUUGUGAGGUUUCUUUUAAGGGGGAAAUUGAGAACGUUGGGUAGUUUCAUUUUUGAAACUUUGGGUUCGUAUAAAAUGACGAAGAUUCUGGUAGUUUAUUAUUCUAUGUAUGGUCACAUUAAGAAGAUGGCCGAUCAAGUGGUGGAAGGUGCCCAAUCGGAGGGUUGCGAAGUCGAGCUGUAUCAAGUUCCUGAGACUCUUUCUGAUGAUAUUUUAAAGCUUCUUAAGGCACCUCCUAAACCUAGUGACCCUGUGCUGCGAUUUGAACUUCACGAUAAGCUCGUGGAAGCAGAUGCCAUUAUAUUCGGGUUUCCUACUCGCUUUGGUAUGAUGUGCGCACAAAUGAAGGCUAUGUUUGAUUCACUUGGACAUUUGUGGCAAAGUGGUCAACUUGAGGAGGACAAGAAACAACAGCUUUAACUGCUAUCACUCAGUUGGCACAUUUGGGAAUGAUUUUUGUUCCU